GUUAGGUUGAAAAAUCUCUCGGAGGAUACCCGUGGCAGUUACAUCCCGAACAUUAAAAAAUCCAAAACUGAAUCAAAAAGUAGCUACUUUCUUCAGCAAGAUAAUAAAACCAUCUGAUAAAUUUUGAGAGCAACAAGAAGUUGUCGAAUAUGCCAGAAAUGGUUAAAAGUAUAGUUUGGAUCUUAUUGCUAUAUGGGUUGGUAUCAUUUUCUUCUCAAGAAGAAACCCGGUUCAAAAUAGAUGGGAAAGUGAUAGAGCUGGACGAAUCAAACUUUGAAUCAGCAAUCUCAGCCUUCGAUUUGAUCUUGGUCGAUUUUUACGCUCCCUGGUGCGGCCACUGCAAGCGCCUUGCUCCUCAGUUAGAUGCAGCAGCCCCUGUUCUCACUGGAUUGAAAGACCCCAUUGUUAUUGCUAAAGUAAAUGCGGACAAGUAUACUCGCCUUGCUCGUAAAUAUGAGAUUGAUGCAUUUCCUUCUCUCAAGAUAUUUAUACAUGGCAUUCCCACAGAAUAUUAUGGGCCAAGACAAUCAGAUUUGCUUAUCCGUUAUCUCAAAAAGUUUGUUGCUCCUAAUGUCACCAUUCUUAAUUCAGAUGCUGAGAUCAAAGAUUUUGUUGAUAAUGCCGGUUCUUUCUUUCCUAUUUUUAUUGGUUUUGGCUUGGGUGAGUCAAUCAUAUCUGACUUAGCCUUAAAGUAUAAGAAGAAGGCAUGGUUUGCCGUGGCAAAUGAUUUCUCUGAGGACAUGAUGGUGUUCUAUGAUUUUGACAAAACUCCAGCGUUGGUUGCUAUUCAGCCAACUUACAAUGAACGCAACAUCUUUUAUGGCCCACUUGAAGAUGAAUAUUUGGAAGAAUUUAUUAAACAAAAUUUCCUUCCCCUGUCUGUGCCCAUAAACGAUGACACACUAAACUUGCUGAAAGAUGAUAAAAGGAAUAUCAUCCUGACAUUUGUGGAGGAUGUGGCUGAUGAGAAGUCGCAGAAAUUGAUCAAGCUGUUGAAGGCUGCUGCUUCUUCAAAUCGUGACUUAGUUUUUGCAUAUGUUGGAAUUAAGCAGUGGGGAGACUUUGCGGAUACAUUUGGGGUCAAUAAGAAGUCAUUUUUGCCAAAAAUGAUCAUUUGGGAUGGUGGCGAGGAGUACCUAACUGUGAUCGAUUCUGAAAGUAUUGAUGAUGAAGACCAGGGAAAUCAAAUUUCACGUUUCCUUGAAGGAUAUAGAGAAGGACGGACAGAACAGAAAAAGAUUGCCGGUCCAUCACUAAUUGGCUUCAUCAAUUCACUUAUUGGCCUUAAAACUGUUUACAUCAUUGUAUUUCUUGUGGCAAUGCUGAUGCUUAUCAGAAGCCUUGGCCAAGAAGAUGAACCUCUUAGGGUUGGUAUUAGACCCCAGACUGAACAUGACACGGCUCCUAGAGACGAGUAUGGACCUGAAGACAAGGAAGAUUAGGGUAGGCUUUAUUUCAAACAUAAUCAUUUUGAUAACACAAUUGUUUUUAUGGAUGAAAAUACUGGAGUUGAGAAUUAUCUUUAUUUCCAUGCUUUUUCUUAUAUAUCAUAUCAUACAUUUCUUUCAAGAA